AUGAGUGCCUUCAAUGUCCCCAAGCGCCGCGAGGACUUCACAGUUGCUAUUGUGUGCGCCUUGUCCGAAGAAAGUGAUGCCAUGAGACUCCUUCUUGACGAGGAGUACGACAGAGCCUCGCGCAAGUACCCCAAAGUUUUGGGGGAUAAGAACCUCUAUACCAACGGGCGCAUUGGCAGACACAAUAUCGUGAUUUGCCAGGCCAAGGAGGCGGGGAAAGCCGCCGCCGCUAGUAUCAUGUCUAGCAUGUGGACCAGUUAUACCAAGAUCGAGAUCGUUCUUAUAGUUGGUAUCUGUGGCGCACUACCCUCCGAGCCUGGUGAAAAGCACGUGAUCAUAUCCCAGAGUAUGAAAGAACAUGACCGCGGCAAGGCUCUCGAACAAGGGUUCAAAAGCACAACCAUCGUCAAAGAACACAAUCGAGAGGUUUCCACUCUUUUGAAGCUACUCGAGUCGGAAAUUGACCGCCCCAUGUUCGAAACCGUCAUCGUGUCGAACCUCAUCUAUUUGCAAAGCCGGAAUGAGAGCUACAAGCGCCCUUGCGCUAAAUUCGGCCCCCACGAACAACAAAGCUCGACAGCCGUUGAGCCAUGCGACAAAGGCAAGGCAGUAUCCAGGGAACUAGUGGUUUUCGAUCGCACCGCCGGGGUCACCGAAAGAGACCCAACCAGCACUAGACAAGGUAGAGUGGAGGUGGUCCAAUUCCAUCUAGGAAGAUUCGCAUCCGGGGAUCAAGUCGUUAAAUCGGCCGAAUUUCGUGAUAACUUGGCUCGGGAACACGAAGUCAUUGCCUAUGAGAUGGAGGGUCCGGGAGCUUGGGACUAUACAGUCCCCUGCAUAAUAAUAAAAGGCUUAAGCGACUUCGCUGAUGCUUACAAGAACGACGAAUGGAGAAAGUAUUCGUGUGCCACAGGAGCAUCUGCUGCAAAGGCAUUUCUGACGAAAUUCACUCAAAGCCUUUGGGCUGUCCCUUUUUCCCGUAACCCAGAUUUCGUGGGCCGCGAUAAACUCAUCAGGAAAUUGCGAAGCAAGAUUUUAUCGCCAGAAGGACCAAAAACCAUAGCAGUGUUCGCCCUCGGCGGAAUAGGGAAGACCGACUUGGCCGCCGAGCUGCUUCAUCAAAUGGGAGAGAGGAGUUAUGAGAACAUCUUGCAGGCUUUGGUAGUUCGCAUUGAUGACCCAUCCGAGACAAGGAAGCACGUCGCGACUCACCUUGAGUCCAGCGUCACCAAGUGGCUGCUUUUGCUAGACAACGUCGACAGUCGGUCUAUUUGGGAGGACCUUGAAGCCGACCUACCGAAGAGCAAGAACGGCCAAGUGUUGAUCACAACGCGCAACCGAAGCGUUGUUCUGGACGCCUAUUGUGAUAUUGUGGAAGCUCCAGAGCCCAGUGAAGAGACUGCCACAACGUCCGAGUUUCUCAAGAGACUCACCCGCCUACCUCUGGCCAUCGCACAAGCGGCCUCAUAUCUGCGCCGCAACGAAAACAUCGGGCUAUUCAAGUACAUGGAGCUCUUUGAGAAAGAGGAAUCUGAUGACCUCGCUCUGCUGGACACCGGCCUCCACGGCGGAGAGCGCUACCUUGACACGUCCAGCCCCGUUGCUACGACAUGGCUUAUAUCCUUCUCUCAGAUCUCGGACAUCAGCCCCUUAGCGGCGAUUUACCUGAAGCUUAUGGCCUGCGUCAGGCACCACAAAAUCCCGGAGAGCUUCUUCCCCCAACCCACAUCUGAGAAGGAAAAGCUGGAGGCCGUGGGGGACUUGUUGAACUUCUCCUUCGUCACCGCACGCGACAAAUCAGGACCCUUGACAAUGCAUCGUCUUGUGCGCCUAGCGACUAGGAAUUGGAUGCGGAAGAAUCAAGAGUUCACGGACAGUCUGAACAAAGCAGCAAAUCGCGUCUGUGAUCUCUUUCCUAGUCGGGGCCAGGAAAAUAGGCAAAUGCAGCACGAGUAUCUUCCUCAUGCUAUGUCUCUUUUAAGUGAGAAAGAAAUUGUGCUGGAUGACCAUCCUUGGUUGCUCGAAAAGGUAGCAUAUGGUCUAUCCGGGAAUAGUCGGUACAGCGAGGCUCUGAGACUGUUUACCAAACUCUUUGAGCUUCGAAAGAAGUGCAUCCGUCAUAGGAACCCAGCCCUCAUAGUAGACUCCAUGGCCAGCAUAGUCACAACGUACAAAGAUUUAGGCCAAUUCGAGAAGGCCGAGGAAAUGGCGAUCAAGGCCUUGAAGAUGAGCAAAGACGAGCUUGGGGAAGAACACGAAGAUACUAUUUUUGUCGAGGUUCUCCUUGCGUCUAUAUACAAGAUGCAAGGUCGAUGGGGCGAAGCAGAAGAGCUGAAUCGACAUGCGAUAAAUGUUCAGACGCGGAUCGCGGCUAACCACCGCAAUACCUUGGAUUAUAUGGCAGUUGCUGGCUUGUCGUACCAAGUACGGAGAAAAACAGAAGAAGCAGAAAUCACCCUUUCACAGCUACUCAGUAUGCGAGAGGAGACACUCGGUCCUGAUCACCUCAGUACUGUGGACAGCAUGGUGGCAUUGGCGUCCCUGCCUCGUUUGAACUCACUGCUAGACAAAGCAAAAGGCUCAUUUGCUAGAUUAAUCAAGAUCGCUAAACUUGAUAAUAAGUUCAAUCACAGCAAGGUUAUCCACAUCGGGAGUCAGCUUGCCUCUACUUGUCAAAAACUUCAGGAGCCGAAAGAAGCAGAAAAACUGGUGGGUCAAUCACUCGAGAUGGCUUGA